AUGGCUCUCCGGCUUUUCCUCCUGGCCACCUCGGCAGUUGCGACACCGGAACCUGUAGGUCCUGUUUGCUCCGGCUCCAUCGAACUUCAGGGCCACGGUCCCAUUCAAACAGCCAACGCCCACUGGAAUGUGCCAGGAGAAUUGGCCGGAGACGUGGAAGUCAACGAUGGAGUUAUUGACGUAUUCAUGAAGGGCCGAACGUACUUCUCAGAGACUUGCUUGCCCACUCAGUUCAGCAACAGCCACUAUGCCAAGCUCUAUUUGCUUGGAAAGAGCUUGCGAUGGACCACUGACAUCUCACAGACAGACUGUGGGUGCAAUGCAGCGUUUUACCUCGGUUCACUUCACCAAAACUCCGACAUCUCAAAAUGCGAAGACCAUUACUGCGAUGCCAACGACGUUUGUGGUGUGCGCUGUACGGAAAUAGACUUGCAAGAGGCUAACAAGUAUGCUUUCCACUCUGUGUUGCAUCUGCCAGACGACAAUUCCGGCAUGGGACUAGGGUACGGUGGUGGAGGUUUAGAUUGGAGCUGGCACCGAGACUGGACCAAAGAAGAGUAUGGUCCGGGGGCCAACUGCAUUGACACCAACUAUCCCUUUGAGGUCGAAGUCGGGUUUCCUGUUGGGAGCGAUGGUCAACUUGUGGCGAUAACAACCCGGCUGGCCCAACCUGGAAGUCCAUGUGAGCUGACUGCACAGGUCUUGACGGAUUCCUACACUUUCAAGGGACGGAAGAGCACGAAUGAGCUUACCCAAGCCCUCCAUGAAGGAAUGACGCCCAUCGUCAGCUAUUGGAGUGCCGAGGACAUGCAGUGGAUGAAUGGCGUAGGUGCAGAUGGGUUGGGCCCGUGUGCCGAAGACGUCCCGGAGCAGUGCGGAGCAUCCGUCCAAUUCUAUGGCUUCGCAAUGGAAAGUUUGGAAGAAAGGCUCAUCUGA